GAUCCGAACGACGACGACAUCGACGACGACGACGAGAUUAGAGGAUUAGCGGGCCCACCCAGCCAGUGCAAGAGCGACAACAUGUCCGCACGCUACGCGCAAGGUGCUGCACACACGCGAUCAUCCCUGCCUAGCGACGAAGGCGUUGUGAAGAGUCGCAAUGCCGAGAUGGUGCAGGAGGAAUACAUUGGGCACAAGGAUCGACUACUGCACGCCAUUGAUUCUGCGAAAGGCAUACUCGGUGAUCUGCGCAUUUUCAACAAGGAGUCAUGGGUUGUCCGCUACCCUCAGCUCAACGAACAACCAACGAAUACGGACUGCUCGAGUCCGAAAAAUCGCACGCAUCUUCGUCGUGCACUUUCCUUCCCCGAUGAUCCCACUUUCCAGGCGGAAGUUGUCGUCAAACCGGCACGGAAGGGCAUGACUCGCUCCAUGACUCUCGCCUCCAUCGCCGACGCCGAGGAAGAUGAUGCGGAGAGUGAGCAUGAAGAUGGCUUGCAUUCCGUCCAUUCCUCCGACUCCGCCGACUUCCACGUCUUCCGUCUCGACCUCAAGCUCGGCGCCCAUGGUUCGUCGACUUCGCCCGCAUCACUCGUUUCGCAGCUAGAGAAGUCUUCCAUUGCCAACCUCCUGGACGAGCGCAUCAGCACUGCUGUGAAUCACAUCGACAAGCUACGAGCGCGCGUCGAAGAUACUUCGUCCAAGGUACUCGUCACUGGUGAUCUCAACGCGGGGAAGUCGACGUUCGUCAAUGCGCUGCUGCGGCGUGAGGUCAUGCCAAUUGAUCAGCAGCCAUGUACCACUGCGUUCUGCGAAGUGCACGACGCGGUCGCGGAAAACGCUGGGAAGGAAGAAGUGCACAUCCUCAAAGAGGGUGUGCCUUACUCGAUCGACGAUGAGUCGACUUUCGUUCGCGCGGAGCUGUCCGACCUCGAGUCAAUCGUCUCAGAGAACGAGAACGAGCAGCAGAUACUGAAGAUCUAUCUUUCGGACACACGCGAUCCGGCCAGUUCGCUCCUUAGCAACGGCAUCGUCGAUAUCUCGCUCAUUGAUGCACCGGGUCUCAACCGCGAUCUCGUCAACACCACUGCGGUGUUUGCACGCCAGGAGGAGAUCGAUGUCGUCGUGUUCGUGGUGUCGGCCGAGAACCACUUCACGCUUUCGGCGAAGGAGUUCCUGACCAACGCUAGCAAGGAGAAGGCGUACAUCUUCAUUGUUGUGAACAAGUACGAGCAGAUUCGUGACAAGGCCAAGUGCAGGCGCCUCGUGCUUGAACAGAUCAAGCAGCUCAGCCCAGCCACAUACAAGGAUGCGGAGGAUCUGGUGCAUUUUGUCGACUCGGCUGCAGCCUUCGAGAACGGCACGCCUUCGUUCGACCAGCUCGAGUCGUCGCUGCGAUCAUUCGUGCUCGUUAAGCGCUCAAAGUCGAAGCUGGCGCCGGCGUCGACCUACUUGCACCACAUACUUUCUGACAUCGACCUCCUCGUUGGUGCCAAUGCCAUUGUUGCUGAGAGUGAGCUCAAACGUGCCCGCGAGGAUCUCAGCCUGUCACGCCCUAUUUGGGAGAAGAUGAAGAACGGACGGGAGAAGCUGGAGGAUAAUCUAGAAGCAGUAGAGGAGGAGGGUGCUACGACCACUCGCUCCAAGACGAAGGAUCUCCUCACGAACGCCCUCGAGCGCAUUGGUCAGGGCAAGCUCGGCAUCGACAAAGCGUCGCUCAGCCUGCCGUCGUACCCUGGGCUGCUCGGCAUCUGGGAUUACGCGAAGGAAGUGCGCCGGACGCUGCUCGCCAGCCUGGACAUCGCUGUCAAGAUGGCAGAGGACGAGGCGCGCGUGACGACGACGACUUCCGUCAAUCGGGUCUCGCGUCUCGGCGACGAGCACCUGCCCGAGGGCGUUGAGCGGCCACGCAGGGUGUUCAUGCCGGAGGCGAUGUUCUCCGUGCGUCCCGACAAGGGCUCGCGCAAAAAGUCGCAGCGGGCGCCCAGCGGCGCCGUCGUCGCGGGUGGCCUGCACGGCCUGGGUAUCGGCCUCGCGCAGCGCCCCGACAUGCUCGAGACGACAUUCUUCGAUGUCUUCGACGUGCACCACCAGUUCUGGAUGAAAUUUGGAGACAAGAAACCCGAGAGCGAGGAGGAGGAUGCGCCAGUGAGCGCACUGAGCAUCGCCUCAGUCGGCUUGGGCGCGCUCACAAUGGUCGGCGGAAAGACGCUCGGCGCGCGCGGACUCAUUGAGGGCAUCAUGCGGUUGUGCGACCUGUUCGAAAACGAGACGGCGCGCAAGUGGGCGGCCCCCGUGGUCGGCGCGGUCACCAUCGGAUUGACGGCGUACUUCAUUAUGGAGCUGCCGAGCACGAUCCCGCGCACGGUCGGGCGGCGCAUCAAGGCUUCGCUCGCUCGGGAGGCCGAUGAGCGUGGUGCGGACGCAGCAUUCGUGGACGUACAUGCGCUGCGGGUGAGUCGUGAGACGCGCAAGGUACUCCGGUUGGCGUCAUGGGACCUCAAGGAGCGUUUCCGGGCGGCGAUGGAGGAGAAAGGCCGCGAGGUGCAUGGUGCGGAGGAGAUGGAGCGCAAGGCACAGAAGGCCGUCGAAUGGUUCCUCCAGACGGAGAGCAGGGCGGCCGAGGUGAGGAAGCUGGCCGAGCUCAAGUCUGCUUAAGCAGUCGCCGCAUCGAUGGCUAUGGCACUCAAUUUUCUUAGUUCUCGUGUAAUUCUAGCAUCAGUGCCUCACCUUUCCAGCCGUUGGCGGGUGGGAGGAUGGGUCCUGCAAACAGCCUUUUCUUUGUCAAAGUAGUAUGUCCUUCUCUACUAAUUCCUGUCUUCUCUCCACUCCUGAUUCCUUCUCGACCCGAUACGUACCUCCAGCUUUUAGCCAUGUACUUUUAG